AUGUCAGUCGAAACGAUAACAACCAUCUCCCCAACAACGGACGAGCCGAUCCUCACCCGCGCCGGCAUCUCCUCGCAAGAUCUCGAGCGACUUCCCGAGGUCGCCACAGCAGCAUUCAACUCGUGGCGUAAGACAACCCUCAAAGAGCGCCAGGACAUCGUCAAGAAGGCACUCAAGAUCAUCUCCGACAAGCAAGAUGAGCUCGCCAACGAGCUCACGGUCCAGAUGGGCCGGCCUAUCGCGUACACGGCUAAAGAGGUCGCCACGGCCGUGAAGCGGGCUGAGUACCUUCUAAAGAUCAGUGAGGAGACGUUGCAGGAUACUCCGGGCGAGGAGGAGAAGGGGUUCAAGAGGUUUAUUCGCAAGGUGCCUGUGGGGCCGGUGCUUAUUAUCUUUGCGUGGAACUACCCCUACCUAAUUCUCGUCAAUUCCCUCAUCCCCGCGCUUCUCAGCGGCAACUCCGUCAUCCUCAAGCCAUCCCCCCAAACGCCCACCAUCGUCGAACAAGUCUCCAAGGCCUUCACUGAAGCCGGCCUCCCCGACGGCGUGAUCCAAUACUUCCACGCCGGCUCCCCGACAAUCAUUGAGUCGAUCGUGCGGAACCCCAAGAUUGCGCUGGUGGCCUUCACGGGGUCGGUGGCGGGUGGGUUAGCUGUUCAGGGCGCCGCGUCGGACCGUAUCGUUAACGUCGGCUUGGAGUUGGGCGGGAAGGACCCGGCGUAUGUCCGGGGGGAUGUUGACAUUGCGUGGGCAGCGGAGGAGAUUGUGGAUGGGGCGGUUUUCAACUCGGGUCAGAGCUGCUGCUCGAUCGAGCGGGUGUAUGUGGAUGAGAAGAUCCAUGAUGAAUUUGUCACGGCGGUGCAGGAGGUGCUGAAAGGGUAUAAACUGGGCGAUCCGCUCGACAAGACCACCCACCUCGGCCCGGUGAUCUCGAAGCGCUCCAAGGAGACGAUCGAGGCGCAUAUCAAGGACGCGCUGGACCGGGGCGCCGUCAACGCCACACCCGAGAACGAGACAUUCAGCAAGCUACCUGAGAAGGGCAACUUUGUGGUGCCGACGCUGCUGACCAAUGUGACCCACGAGAUGAGGGUCAUCAAGGAGGAGACGUUUGGGCCGGUUAUCCCGGUGGUGAAGGUUAAGGGGGAUGAGGAGGCGGUCAAGCUGAUGAAUGACAGCGAGUUUGGGCUGACGGCCAGCAUAUGGACCAAGGAUACCGAUAGGGGGUAUGAGCUGUGCGAGGAUGUCGAGGCGGGCACUGUUUUCGUCAACCGCUGCGACUUUCCGAGUCCCGACCUGGCCUGGACGGGGUGGAAGAACUCGGGCAAGGGCGUGACGCUGAGCAAAUUUGGGUUUGACCAAUUCGUCAAGCUGAAGAGUUACCACCUGAAGGAUUACCCCAAAUAA